AUACGACUUUCUUUUGUAGCCUCAACAGCUCUCGAAGGAUCCUUGAAAAUGAUCGGAAAAUCUGCUCUCCUCGUCUUAGCUGCCAUGUGUGCAAUGGCAUUAGGUCUUGCUCUUCCAGACCACCUCCAGCAACAUGGCCAAAGUUUUGGUUUCAGUCAACAUGGAGGACUCACGCGUGACCAAGGUUUUGGAGGCUUCAACCAACACGACUCAGGCUUUGGAAGCUUCGGCCAACAUGGAAGCAUUUCCCAUGACCAAGGUUUUAGUGGUUUCAACCAACACGAUUCAGGUUUUGGAAUCAACAACGGGUUUGGAGGUAGCAGCAUCUCCUACGACCCGUCUCACUAUCCAGAUAUCAUCCAAGGGUUCCCAUUCCAGAACUCUUACCCCGGAAGGGGAUUUUCUGGAUGCGACAACUGGUGCUUCAGCUCGUUCCAGAAUAACUACUACUGCUGCACAAGAACAAGUUACUCUGGUUGAUUCUCCUACUGUGGUUUUGCUGACCAUCCCUUCUGGGACGUCAUUGUAGGUUUCACUUGGUAAUAUUUCUUGAUUCCAGUGCCAAAGUAAAUUGGGUUAAUGUGUUCACAAUCAUUUAUAAUAGUUUCAUG